CUGUUCACCAAAUCUUUAGUUGCAGAAUGUGGCAUUUUUUGCCAACGUGUUGGUUCGAGAUCGGCGCGGUUUUGUGAGGGAUCCGUGAUGCAGCUUGCCCCGUGAUUCGCCGAAGCCAACCUGCUGCUCUCAGUUGUCACGCAAUUCUCAGCUCCGUAAAGAUAGUGUUAGAGAGGCUGGUUGUCUGAUUCACCGACUGGCUGCCUGACUUUUUGUUUUUUUAGCAGAAGCUGCUGUUUCUUCCCUCAAUCGCAAUGACGUUGGUUGCGAGCCGCGGUAGGAUGAAGGUCGUUGUGAUGGUGGUAGUGUUGAUCGGGCUAUGGUUUACCCUGGUGCAGUACGACAAUACGUGCACUCUGGGACGGAAGGAGGAGUUGUCGAGGAAUAUGGCGGGCUUUUCCAAAGGCUUAGCUGGCCAGCAAAAUGGUGAUGCAGGAUUCAGCACGGAUCAGGAGUCAUCUAUGGAGUUGAGUGGCUUGCUUAAAGAGGCCAUGCAACACGGGCAAGUCGGCAAGCCUACAAUUCACCUAGUAGAGAUCAUGGAGGCGAUGAGUCGGCCCUUCUUCAUGUUCGUCUGCAGCAACUGCUACUGCGACAUCUGUGACAAAGUGAGAAACUUAGGUUACUGGUCGCCAGUGGAAUCAAUGAUCUUUCACACUGUUUUAAAACGCCAUGGCUGCAGAGGAGGCAGAAAUCUCGUAAUAGACAUCGGUGCCCAUGUAGGCUACUUCUCACUCAUAGCGGCGUCUUACGGGUGCCGAGUGAAAUCUUUUGAGCCCAAUUCUGUGGCUCUUCGCUACCUCAACCUCUCCAGAGCUCUAAACAAUUACGAUCAAAUUAACUUAUUCCAGAAAGGUGUAGGCCAAGCGGACACAAAAGCCAUGUACAAGCAGACAGAUACAUGGGCUCUGAACGGAUUCCUGAGGAGACGAUUGCUGGAAACAGUGGAGGUCACAAGGCUUGACAGCAUUGUUGAUGAAGAUGUGCUCCUCAUGAAGAUAGACACCGAAGGAUAUGAAGUGAAUGUCUUUGCUGGGGCUAAGAAUCUCCUUUCCGAGCACAGGGUGCAUCACAUAUUAGCAGAGGUGAAGCAAGCAGGCUCACCAUCAAAGAGGGAAUUGUUGUAUACCAUUGCAAAAACAGGUCAGUUCACACAUGUGUACAACUGGGAUGAGGUUAUCACUCCACUUUCAGUGCCACUGGAUCAAUUCACUCUGCAGAAUGCUACUAUUGUUGACGUAACAAGCAUUGUGCUCAACAAGGAUAUUGCAGGAUACCUGCAGUUUCAGGACUUUUGGUUUUGUAGAGAGCCCCUGCCUUGGUUAUGAGAACACUCGUUCUCUAAGUGUUUGGCUUGUGUAUAGGCUUCGCAUCACAUUUUUGUAUGGCCCGAUAAGAUACCCACAUCAAUCAAACUUCUACUCUAUUUAGAGACUUAUUUUUAUUUGUUAUUAUAAUUUUUUUUAAUACUUUUUUUCA